AUGCCCUGCUUCCAGGCAGAUGGGAGUGAAUACAAAGUGUACGAAGUCCUCGACGCUGUCCCCCAUCAACCACAGCACGUGCUACAACAUCACGCCAUGCUACCUCCCAAUUCCAGCUACGUGGCUCCACUGCCAAUCGAACCCACUGUUGGCACGACGCUUGUUUCACCACCAACAACAAGCCUUCCACCUCUAACCAACCCAGGCGGGCCAGGACCCGACCGUUUGGGUCCAUGGCAGAUCGUCACCAUCGUUGGUGGGCUGGUUUUUGGCGCUGCGACUUUGAUAGUCCCCGGCAUCACCAUUUGGAAAAUUUGGAAGAAGCGAGUUGUGGUCCCAAGAGACGAUACGAAAGAUGAGCAUGGCCAAGAGCUGUAUACUAUCCACACCAUAUCGGUGUUGACCUAUGCUGAGACCUUCACAGUGCUGCAAUUCUCAUCGAACAUCACCCUCAUCCGGUGGACAUGA